AGGGUUUUUGCUCUCCUGGAUGUGUAUCUUGACGACCAAGGUGCUGCCCAAACAAUUUUGGAGACGUCUCCAGAGCUCCUGGCUAAACUACUAACCUUGGCGCGGAGCCUGGACCCGGGUGAGAGGCAGGUUGUGAUGGAAAACCACUGUGAGGAAUUGCGGGCGCUGUUUAAGGAAUAUGUACGUCCGGUACAUCACGAGAUCUCGACGGAGAAACGACGAUCCAAUAUGCCGAGUCAGUUCGAUAUCACGCGUGAAUUUCCGAUCGUAUUCGGGUGCGUGUUCUCGCGUGAACUCACGUCCGCGCACUAUGUGUGCGACCCUGUGGAUAAUGCAUCGAGUAAACAACCUCGCGGGGCAUUGGUUUUUGCAGAUAAACCUUUCCCUGAACGUGUAAGUAAUAUACAGGAACGUUGGGGAUUGAUAGGGAUACAAGAGGGAGCGAAGGCCCUACGUGGCUACUAGUUAGUUAGUUAGUGAACUUUAUUUAAAAACACGGUGUCUCAUCAUUACAAAAUGCUCUUCCUGGGAGCCGUGUACAUGCAUAAUAAAUAUUUACAACAGUUAUGAUAUAUAUAAAGGAUAAAAAACGGUGGUAAGGCACUCAAGCUAUCACAUGUUUUAGUCGCCUCAUCAAGAAAAUUCCAGACAACGGCUCCACUAUAAGCAAGGCUGCUUUUCAUAAAAUUAGUGUUUGGUUUUGGGAUAAUUCAAUUAAGUUUACUACCACACACAUCGUGGUCAUGCAUUAACCUUACCAACGAAGCCUUCGCUCGAAACGGCGAAGUUCACAAGGAAACGAGCUCUAUAGUCACAUUUCAUGGUGCGUAUACUCCCAGACUUGGAAGAGACAGUACCCUCAAAAUGGCGGACAAAUCGAGCGUGAGAAAGGCUAACUGUGAUUGAUAAACAUCUGUUGCAUGAUGGUAUUUAGUAGGAACACACCUACACAUACUAACUUAUAGAACUUUUUGUUUUUGGAAACAUCACGUAAAUUUAUUACUGCAAAGCUUUCGAUCCGUAAGCCCGAUGUAUUAUGCAUAUUAUUAGCACUGAUGAAGUUCCGGGCUUACGGAUCGAAAGCUUUGCAGUAAUAAAUUUACGUGAUGUUUCCACAAACAAAAAGUAUUAUAUGUUUUAUCGCCAUGCAAACCUACAAAGAAGUUAUUACCUACUAACUUAACUUAUUACAUACUAACUUAUCUAACUUUGUUUCCCUAGACCACAUCGUAUUACUGGGAAGCAGAUAUCGUGUCACUGGGCGAGGGUGAAAAUUGCGAAUCUGGACCGUUUCUAUCAUUUGGUUUUAUGCCUAAUUGUUCCCCGACUGACGCUUCGUGGACAACUCCUGUUGGGAGCUGUCUUAUUCACGCUUCUGGUCGUGCUACACAUUAUCAAGCUGGUGGACCGCUCUCGUGGAGUUCAGUCACGCUUAAUCUGAGCAUGCGUGAACAUGACGUCAUAGGCUGUGGUUGGGAGAGACUGGACCCUACUGAGAUCGAGGAUAACUCGCGUGUAACAGGCAGAGUGUAUUUCACUCGGAAUGGUAAAAGAUUGGCUGAGGUUUUGGAUGGCGUUUCUGCCGGUCUGUUUCCUGUUGUUCAUAUUCAAAAGAAGGUCAGUACAAAUGUCUUUACUGGUCUAUACAGCACAACUAGAGUUAGUUUAGUUUAGGUUUCCUCCUGUAGUAACACUAGAUCAAUAAGAGAUGAUCCUUACUGGGCAUCUAGGACGAACAGUUUAGAACUGAUAGAGCUAUCCAGUAUAAAUAAAAUUAGUUUAGUUUAGGUUUCCUCCUGUAGUAACACUAGAUCAAUAAGAGAUGAUCCUUACUGGGGCCUCUAGGAAGAACAGUUUAGAACUAAUAGAGCUAUCCAGUAUAAAUAAAGUUAGUUUAGUUUAGUUUAGUUUACAUCUUUACUUGUAGAACAUCCGUGUGUUGGUAAACCUGGGCUCGCGUACAUUCCGUUAUCAAGAAGCGAACAACCAGAGAUCCUCACAAGAAAGCAUACAAAGCUUGUCCAUGGAGGAGGUUCGAGCAAACCUGGCGGAGUUGCCGUUUUGUGACUGCAGUGAAUCUGAUGAGCAAGAGGAAAUUAUUGAUGAUCCAAGAGGCGGAGUUCGUUCUAGAGAGAAUGAAGGUACAUGUUUUACCUAUAUAUCAUUAGAGUUGUGGGGCUGGCUGUUCCAAAUCCGAUUAGCUUAACCCAAGGCUAACCUAUAAUUCACAGCAAACUUCCCAAUAGUAAAUUUGACAGCAAACUUCCCGAUAAUAAAUUUGGAAAUAUUUCUUGAUAAAUCUUUUUUUAAUUAGGUACAGUACACCCAACUAGUUCUUCAGAAAGAGCGGACGAAUCUUCAAACAGCUCAACCAGGUUGGAACAACAAGAAUACGACUGCAAUCUCUCACAACUCGAGUUCCUGUCCAGCAGUUAUGAUCUCAUGUUAGACAAUGGUCCUCCAAAAUAUAUGAGUCCUGACGACGAUGACACAAGCCAUGGUCACAGGAAGCCCAGACAGUUACGUAAAGAUCCCAGGAGUUUACUCGUCAAAGCGUGGGAGUCCAACGUGUUUCCCACCAUACGUCGACGAUUUCGUAGCGAGGCUGACAGAAGGUCUGGACUGGAGCAAAUCAGAGGCGCACUCAUGGAAGGUAAGGGAGAGUAAGAACCGUGGCGGUCAAUACUACCCCCCCCCCCAGCAAUAAUUUCUGAAUGCCUUUGAAUGAUUGUUGUGUUCAAGUGAGGCCAAAUGCUACUGUUGAAAGUAAUGUCCAACUUAGGCGGCAAAUUUUAAUAUAAAAACUAUAAAAAUAUAAAAAUUUUAAAAAAAUUUUAAAAAUUUAAAAAUUUUAAAAGGUUGCUGAAUUUUAAUAACCAUAAAAUCAUUGGUAUUUGGUAGGCUAUAAAUAUAAGCUAUAUAAGAUUUAGGGCAACAAAGUUUAAACAACUAAGAUUUCCAGUUACAAAAUUUGGUCAUGUUGGCAACCUAACACCCCCAAAAAGAAAGAGUGCUGCUAUGUUAAAGCCAGAGUGCUGCUAUGUUAAACCCAGAGUGCUGCUAUGUUAAACCAGACACCUUCGGCAUGCCAUAUUAUUGUUUUUAAAUGUAUUUGCUACAUUUCCGUGAAGGUUUGAUUGACAUUGCGAUAUCUACUGUGGAAGAUCUGUACGAGGACAGCGGAGGUUUGCCGAAUUCCUUGACAUUUCCUCGUAUCGAGGAUAUCGAAGCUGAACUUGAUAAAACAACAGUGCAAGAUUUACGUCAAGCAACGACCGUUCAAAUUGUGUGUUCAUCAAUUGAAGCACUGCCUGGGUUUGCUGUGCCUGCCAUGAGGAAGACAUUUGGCUUGUGUGGAGUUGUGCAGGAAAUAGAUAAGGUUGGUUGUUAUUUACCAGUAAUUACCCUAUCCGUAAACUACAGUUAUAGCAGAAGUAACUCUGUGGUAAAUGACUGCGCGCUAACCCAGCAUUGUUCUUAUGUUAUCUUAUCAUGCUUUAUCAUUACUUAUCCCAUCUAUCAUCCCCCCUCUUAUCUUGUCCCGCUAUCUUACUAUUCUAUUGUUCUUUUUUACCAUUUGUCCUAUCUUUGUUAUCAUUUCUUAUCCCACUUUAUCAUUACUUAUCCCGUCUAUCAUCCCUCCUCUCAUCCUAUCCCGCCCUAUUCUUCCCUACCUCACCCUAUCUUACUAUCUCUAAUCUUGUUUUCCCACCAGAGACAGGAACUGGUCCUCGUGGAUGUAUAUAUACGCGACGAAGGUUCCGUGGUUCGAUACUGGUACCCAGUACACGCCGUGAAACCUCAACCGCCGGCAUUUGGUCGGCUAUCGUCGUUAACUUUCGUAGACCAGGAGAAAGCGAGCUUCGAGAUUUAUACAGAGUUAUGGAACUGUGAGAAUACUCUAACGAGAAUGUACAGUCGUUCUGCGGCUAUCAAACUGCUCGACUGUAAACACAAGUUACUCAUGGAGAAACAAGGUGGGUUGAAUGUAGGUAGGUAGGUAGGUAAAACUUUAUUUCACCACGCUAACCUCUACAGCAGAAAGCUGAUUUCCAAGGGGGGCGCGUACAUAUGCAUAUAAAAUAUCGGAAACAUAUUUACAUCAGAGACACUAUACACUACAUAUAUAUAUACACUACAUAUAUAUAUAUAUACACUACAUAUUUAAAUAAAACUAUAACAAUAUUAUAAUAUGAUUACCGGCCAGGCAUUGCAAAAUUAGUAUUAAAGGAAUAAAGAGAAUCCUUAGUCCUUAAUUCUUCUGAGAAGCUAUUCCACAGUUUUGCCCCUCUAAAACUCAGACCUUUUAAGAAAGUCAGAGUGAGGAUGAGGCAAAAAGAGCUUAGUGAAAGAGUGUCGUAAAUUGUAAUAUUGGGAGGAAGGGAGGAAUAUGAUUUUGAACUGUGUGUGCCAGUGUAGGUAGUGGCAACAAUAAGAAAGCUUCGCAUUGAUAGGGAUACAUCUACCUGAAGAAUACAAGCAGAACUUGUCCUUGUAUUUGUCAUGUAGUUGCCUAUCAACGGAAGCUUUCUGAAUAAGAAUAUAAGCUGUCGUGGAUUUUAUUCUAUUCCCAGACGUCUUUUUCAUGGCUUUAUUUAUCUAUUGUGUUUGUGUUGAUGCAGGUAUUGCCGACGUGGAGACAACUUUAGAACAGAUCAGUUUGCUUACGGGACAUCACUUACGCGAGCCGCAAUCAGACGGCACUCUGACAGCUCGCUACAUUGCAACGACUUCCUCUUUGAAAGAAAGUCUUAAAAUCACGUCGUGUUCUCCUGUCGCCGUCUUCUUUAAAGACGAAGAAAUACUUCGCUCUCAUCUUGCUCAACUCGUGUUGUCUUUGCUGAAUGAUGAGGGGAAGAUGAGGGAUGUUUGUGAACAGUUGUGCGCAGUGUUGAAAGAUUAUUCAGUAUUGGGGAGCUACGAGCAUCAUGAAGUGUCCAGUGUGAAGUUGCAUAAAGAUGUCCACUUUCAGAAUGUUGCAAUGACGUCCAUAUCUUGCUUUGGUACUACGGAUUAUUUUAUGCCAAGGUUGGUGUUUACCAUUUGAUACAUGUAAGAACAAAACUAACUACUGCAUAGCUCUAUUACUUUUCAACUGUUCUCUCUGGAGUGCAUCCAUUAUUGAUUCAGUGUUACUACAGAAAUAAACUUAAACUACUGUAAACUAACUUCAUUAAUUCUAAACUGUUCUCCCUGGAGGGAAACUCGAUAUCUUCUUAAUUUAUAUUUUGUUUUCUUCGCUUUAGAAUACGAGUACCAUGUGUGGAGAUGUUUGGCUACUAUGGGCGACGACGCCUUACGAAAGAUGGGAACGUUGAUAAAUACAAACUAACACAGUACCCUGAUUACGCCGGACAGCACGCGAAUUUCUUUGGCGAUGGAAAAAAUUGUCUAAACCCAGAGCGACUUCUUCCAGCCAAUCGCUUUCAUCUUCGCCUCGGUUCUAGUAAUGCUAAGGGGCUUGUGCUGCGCUUGAAUGGCCUACCUCAGGAGUUGCUGUUGUGUUUGGGCUUUAUGGAAACAUUGCUUGACAUCGUCUCGAGGGUUUCAGGGGAGUCGAAUCUUCAAUCUUCUGAAGGCGGGGAAAUUAGACAAGGACGUGAACCUGCAUGUCUCGGAGAGAUGUUGGAGCUACUUCAACGAUUUCUGAUCACAACUACAGCGUCUCCGUUCGUCAGGGAGUUAACAUUUCACCUGCUCGCACAAAUCUUACGUUUACUUGGAAAAACCGCUUCUACUGAUCGCCUGCAGUUUUACUACGAAGCAUCGUCGAGUUUCCUCACUUCCCUAAAGAGCGAACUUUUUAAAUUGAUGGAAAAAGAAGUGUCCAUCUCGCGUACUAACGCUUUGGAGUACGUCCUGAAUUGUAAUUUUGAGAAAGUCAAGUUUUCCUCUUAUCUCCAAUCCCUUCUUGAAGUUGUCUUGGCUACAGUCGAGGUACAAAGGAGGGUGAUGGGAACGGAGUGGGACUCCGGGGACUCUCCACGACAGAAGAGUACAUUGUGGGAUACACCUAGUGAAGAUGUUACGGAUCAGCCUACAACUCAGGUAGAACCCUAGUACUUCAUGUUUGCUUGCAAUAUAGCUGCAGGGGCAGGCUUUUCACAGUGCUGAGUGUAUGUGUCUUGUGCCUCUACGCCUGGGCUUAUAUUCGUACAAUAUUUAGUUGUUCCAUUAUAAUUCCACUUCAGUCUCACGUGGGAAUAGUUCUCCCAGUUUGACUCUACCAAACACCACAGAUUUUCUCCACAGAUUUGUUUGCUUUAUAAUUGCUUUAAAAACUGAUCUUUGCGUAUAAUGAAAAAACAGUAAAAUACAGCAUACAAUUUCAGCGUAUAUUUAUUGAUUACCCUUUUUUAUUAUGUUGAAAUCUUUAAAUAAGGAGGAAAGCAAAGUUAUUUGCAUGCGAUAAUUUGAAAUAAUUUUAUUUCAAACUCAAAGUUUAUCGAUAAAAGGCAGUCCAGUUUUAAGAACAUUUUACAUAUGAGGUACUUCGGUUUCCUCCCGUAAUAACGAGUUUUUGAUUUUCUAUUUUUAGGACGAGCAUGAAAGUGUACCGGUGUCAACAUCCAGUAACCUGAGUAUUGAGGUUUACACUGGGGGAAGUGACAAUCCAGGAUCCUUUAUUCCAUUCUUUGCUUCACUGCCUGUGAUGAAUGAGAAUCAACGUUCUGUUGCUGCUGGAGAGAGCGCUCCGCCUGGAAGAAUAGCAAGGUUAGUGUUUGCUUGAAACCUAUCAAUUGUGAAGAUAGAUUAAUCAUACAUCUGAGUGCACAUUUCUCAUUUAGGGCGCAAUCCUUGCGGCGUCAACGUUUCCGAGAACGCAAAAAGCGAAAUUCCAAGAGAGCUUCCUCGCAGGAAUCGGGAGUGAGAAGCGAAGAAGAGCGAUUGGAGCAAACUCCGCCGUGGUAUGAGAAACUCGUGAGCACGUUAGCCGUACUACGUCAUUUAGUGCGAAACGAAAGCUGUGGAAAGUCUGUGGCGUUGGAUGCCCUGGGAACAAGUGUUGUGUUUCCAUCAAUGGCCUGGGAUCGAGUUAUUGUAGUCACUAAUAUUCCAUCGAGUAUCAGUGUUGAUGUCGUCAUUCAAGGUUCGUGGUUGCUGUGGUAAUUUUGAUGUAGAAAAAUAUUUUAAAUCGAAAUAACUCGUGAUUGUUGUCGCGUGCCAGCUUGUGUUCUACUCGCAUACUUUUCCCAUUCUGUGUUUAAGCUGGAUUUCCACUAACAGCAUUGAAAUGAAUAGAACUGGAAUGCUGCCUCCAACCGUAAAUUUGAAGCCAAACUAGAAUAUUCCAGUCUCGAGAGAUAAAGGAUUCUCUCAUUUAUCUUUGCAGGCAUAACGAAGGCAGCUCGUUCGGCUGGGGGCAUACUGCCUGAUGGGGGAAUUUACUUACAAGAUGAACUUGUCAUAACCAGGCCGCGCGGCGAUGAAGAGACUGGAAACCAGUCCUCCGGUGACCAACCCGUGCAGUCGUACAAGUCAGCGGUUGUUCAGCUACGUACGAGCCUGCAAAUCGACCGAGUCCGACAGCGGUUGCAGCAAGAAAAAGCAUUAACCAAUGGAAACUCGUCAGGAGGCGCACUACAGGUACCGUCAUUUGAAUCUACCUUGCAAAUAAAAACAUUGUCAAUGAUCACGUUUAAGAUAUCUUUUUCAGGUACAUGUAGUUCAGACACAAACCACGACAGCUUAUUGUAGAAUACUACCUACACUCGACCACCACACGUUUGAGAUAUCUUUUUCAGGUAGUUCAGACACAAACCACGACAGCUUAUUGUAGAAUACUACCUACACUCGACCACCACACGUUUGAGAUAUCUUUUUCGGGUAGUUCAGACACAAACCACGACAUCUUAUUGUAGAAUACUACCUACACUGGACCACCACGUUUAAGAUAUAUUUUUCAGGUAGUUCAGACAUAAACCACGACAUCUUAUUGUAGAAUACUACCUACACUGGACCACCACGUUUGAGAUAUUAUAGUUGAAUAUUAAUAUAGUUUAAUUUGUAACCAUUCUAGAUUCUCAAAGUGAAUAAAAUGCUGCUGUUCGAAGGUGGCUGGGCUGUGACGAAGUCGUGUCAAGCGUGGGAGAACUUCCUUCAAAGCAAACUGCUAGACAGCUCGGAUUCAUUCACACCCGCAACCCUACAUGCUUUGAAAGAGAUCUACUUGACCUGUCACGUCGCUUCGCGAAUCGCAGCCGAGGACAAAGUUAUCGAAUACAAAACAUCGCGCAGUUUGGAAACUGGUGAUGAGAGUGACGUCAUGGAGCUCAUGGAUACUAGUUCCAUUCUUCUGUCCGCGCACGACAUAAGUGAGCCAAAUGCUGGGAACUUGAUGUAUACGUUUUUCAAAAUUUUACGAGAGAGAACAAAGUUAGGUAAAGAAGAGUUAUUGGAUAUUAUACAGCAGUAUGGUCGUGAUGAGGAGGACUCUGGUCAAAAGUCGCUUCAUUUUGAAGGAUUCCUACACUACGUGAAGGACAACAUCAAAACUGACAAGCGGCUUGCGUGGAAGGCGUUUCAGGCUUGUGGUUAUGACUUUAAUCAUCAAAGGUAAAAUUUUCUUUUACUAUGCAGUACACUCGUGUGAGAAAAGUCUCUUACUGGACCUCUAGGAAGAACAGUUUAGAACUAAUAGAGCUAUCCAGUAUAAAUAAAGUUAGUUUAGUUUAGGUUUCCUCCUGUAGUAACACUGGAUCAAUAAGAGAUGACUCUUACUGGACCUCUAGGAAGAACAGUUUAGAACUAAUAGAGCUAUCCAGUAUAAAUAAAGUUAGUUUAGUUUAGGUUUCCUCCUGUAGUAACACUGGAUCAAUAAGAGAUGAUCGUUACUGGACCUCUAGAGAGAACAGUUUAGAACUGAUAGAGCUAUCCAGUAUAAAUAAAGUUAGUUUAGUUUAGGUUUCCUCCUGUAGUAACACUGGAUCAUUAAGAGAUAACUCUUACUGGACCUCUAGGGAGAACAGUUUAGAACUGAUAGAUCUAUCAUCCAGUAUAAAUAAAGUUAGCUUACUUUAUCUAGCUUUUUCGGCCUCUAAACUGUUGUUUAAGUUGUGCUUCUUUAAAUUAAAUUCACUUUCUUCAUGAUCUGUUUCUUCCCGCCACUGCAGGUCUACAGAGAUAUUUCCAUUUGAAGUGGAGCGAGAACAUGAGAAGUGGAGUCUAGAAGAUGAUAAAACUUUGAUUAAAUUUAUCGAUGAUAUUUCCAAGAACCUUUCAGCUUCACCUCAACGCCUUAAUGCUGAGGAAAUUUUCUUGGAAAGCGAUUUAACCAAUCCAUGCUUUGCUUCUUUAAAGCGUAAGUUUAUUUUAUGUAAAUCAUUUGAUCUGGUUAACUUUAGUUCUUUUAUAACUGUGUUUCCACAAUUAUUUUUCAGAAUUUUCGCGUCGGAGUAUCGGGUCGCGGUUUGCGCUGCACAAAUACCUCAACCUGUUCAUCCAGGGCUUAGUUCUCCCCGCCGUGGACCUACGAGUGUCGAGGACGCACAAUCUGAGCACGGCAAGCUUGUUGACUUCAGCCAAAGAUCUGUUGUUCAGAAAUACAAAAAUCAGUGAAUUGAAUCGCGUGCUUGAUCUGUCUGCGCAGCGCAGUGCUGAUGAUCCCACGCCCGAGAUCUCGCUUGAUCCGCUCGAGAGCAUUGAAGGUGAGUACAUUGAAUCCCUAUUAACAUUGUUAGUUUAAAUACAGUCCUAAUCCCAACCCUUGUCAUAACCGUAAUCCGUGUGACGUUACAUCUAAGUUGAAUGUUUAUGCCGAACAUAUUCAACGACAUAAACAUCUAAGUUGAAUAUGUUAUAAGUUGACUAUGUUCUUAUGCCGAACAUCAUUCUAAAUUUUCCGGUCAAAUAGGUCGGAAGCUCAAACGUUUGUGUUCCAUUCAACAAUUUGACUGGUCUGACCGUGUUCAUGGAAAGCGCCCUGGGCAUGUGAAUUAUUUGACAAUUCCCUCCACUAAAUCAUGCGUAUUCCACUUCAGCGUCCAAGGUUGCAGAGACAGGUCCACAGGUGUACCAAGUGGCUAUUCAGUUAUCCAAAGUUGCCUCAUCAAAGCUUCGUGUUAAGGUGGCUACAGGAGGCGAUCCUUCAUUUCCUCUCAGAGUUAAUCUUCGAGGUGAACAAGUACUGGGUUUGGGUGGAGCAUACCGUCAUUUUAUGUGGAUCAUGGCUCGCGAGGUGCAGAGCAGCCAUCUUGGAUUGUUGAUUCCAUGCCCUAGCGCCGCAGCUAAUAGAAACAAAGUAAGAGUCUGCGUGUUGUAAAAUUGUUGCGAUUGAUCUCUGUUCUCUACAAAUUUAAAAUGUUGUUAUGUGUUGAACACGAAUUUCUAUUAUUGCCUCCUAGGGAAAGUACAUCCUUCGACCUGGCCCAAUGACAUUGUCUGAACGCCAGAUUCUCGUGUUUUUUGGACAGGUAGGUUUCCUUAUCUUGUGGAUAAUUUUUUUUAUGAAGUCCCAGAAGACUAAUAAAGAUUUGAUCAAGUUCUAAAACUACUAGGUAAACUUGAAGUUUGAAUCAGAUCGUCGUACAAAGAAAAUAAAUUCAUAACUGGGAAAUAAGUAAACUUGGUGUUUUUUCAGCUCCUGGGUAUUGCCCUGAGGUCAGACAUACCGCUGGCUUUGGAUAUUCUACCGUCAUUUUGGAAAAGUAUUCUUGGUCUUCCACUGGAUGAAAGUGAUCUGCACGACGCUGAUAUCUUAACAUACAACUACAUACGACGCCUUUCAGAGGUACUGUAAAGACUGGUUUUACAAUAUCAAAGUUUCUGUGAUCACAGUAGGAAUUUUACAUGGGUAAAUUCUAAGUUUUGAAGGAUUUGUAAGAAAUGUUUCAGGGAACUGUCUUGGUGUCAAACAUUGAGUCAGUUCCCUCAACAUUUCUUACAAAUCCUUCAAAACUUAGAAUUUUAACACCCAUGCAAAAUUCCCACUGUGAUCACAGAAGCUUUGAUAGUGUAGACCUGGCUUAAAACCUAUAUUAUUAAAAGAGUAGGAAAAGCUAGUUUUUUUAUGAAUUAUUUCUUGUAUCGUCGUAAUCUUCGCGUUUGUUGUUUAUUUUAGAUUUCUUUGAAAGAAGAUUUUGAGAGGUUGUGUAUGGAAGCAGAUAUCUCUGGAACUCGUUUUCUCUUCACAUCGCUCAAUGGGGAAGAGGUCCCGCUUUGUCCGCAUGGAAACGAUUUGCUUGUCAGGUACGAAUAUGCAGACUGUGUCUGAUAAUUUUAAGAGGCUGACAGUCCUCUAACACACGCCUCUGUGGGAUGACAUCAUGUAAAUAUGGUGUGUUUGAAAAUGUUUUGUUGUAAUUAAGCAAACUGCAUCUUGGAUUACGACUAGUGUCUGUUUAUGUAGUUAUUGACUACAAGGUAUGUUGAAAUCCGACAUACUUCAAAGCCACAAACCGUCGCUUUCUCAUUACUUUCUCAAUGUGAUCAAAUAUUAAAUGAAAUAUUUUGUUUGUAUUAUUUAGUUGGGAAAACCGUUUAGAGUACGCCAAAGCCGUGCUAGAAUAUCGUUUACAGGAACUCUCAUGCGAAGCUCGAGUGCGUGCAAUCAAGACUGGUCUUGCUACCGUUGUUCCCGUUCAGGUCCUAACCAUACUGAGCCCGAGUGAUCUCGAGAUUCGUACGUGUGGUAUACCUAAUGUUGAUAUUGACUUUUUAAAGGUAGGAACUCUUUCAUUUUACUAGUUGUGGUGAAGUUUUGAAUGCUAGUUUUCUUGUUCUAUUUCUUAGCCUGUUUUGUCUCUAUUUAGAUGCACACAACAUACGUUGCUGGGAUAAGACCAACUGAUAGACAUAUCGAGUAUUUCUGGAACACACUAGAAAGUUUUUCCAAGGUAAACAACGUUGAAAUACUAACCUUACUCUUUGCUUUAUAAGGUGUUUUGAUGACAGAGUAGUUGUUGCAUCUGCCUUGAGCCUUUUUACCGUCAGUGUUCAUUCCUGGGGCGGUUCUUCCAAGCUGGAUUAGCGCUCAGUUAACAUUUAACAUUGCUGUUUUGGUCGCUGUAUUUCUACACAUCUGUUUGUUUCAAAACUUCAGAAAAGAAAACUCUCGUUGCUCCACACAAUAUUUCUGAAGAAAUAUUUCCAAGUUUAUAAACAAGUUGUUAGGAAGUUUGCUUUGAAUUUUAGGUUAACCUGGGGUAACUAUACAAUUUAUCUUAAUGAUUCCUGUCCACUUCUGCCAAACACGUUUUUUCCUCCAUUGGAGCAGCACUAGUCCAUUCAUUACUUUAUUCUCGUUAGGACGAGCAGCGAAAGUUUAUAAAGUUUGCUUGCAACCAAGAACGUUUACCAGGGAGGUGUUCAUGUCAAGAUGGUUCAACAGAUAUCCAUGUACCACCUUAUCCCAUGAAGAUAGGACCUCCCGAUGGCAGGGGUGAGUUGAACUCAACGCAUUUUUUAUUGAUAAUGAUAAAUAGUGAAGAGAGUGGACAAGAAUGGAUAACAGUUGAUAAGAGUGGAUAACCGUUGAUAAAUGUGGAUAACCGUUGAUAAAUGUGGAUAACCGUUGAUAAAGGUGGUAACCGUUGAUAGUAGUUGAUGCGAGUGUAUCACAUUUGAUAAAAGUUGAUGAGAGCGGUACGUAAGAAUUGAUAAGAGUUGAUAGAUAUUGAUAAGAAUGGAUGAGUUGACAAAGGUGGUAAGAGUGGAUAAAAUGUGACAGAAGUUGAUGAGAGUGGAUGAAAAUUGAUAAGAUUAGACAAUAGUGAAUUUUAGUGGAUAAAAAUUGUUGAAGAUUGUUUUAAUGAAUGAAAGAUUACAAGUUGUUUAAGAGUGUAUAUGUAUAUUCCCAGGUCCACCCGACUUGCGUUAUAUUCGUGUGGAGACAUGUAUGUUCAUGGUGAAAUUACCGCGAUAUACAACCCAGAAUGUGAUGCGAGAGAAAUUGCUGUAUGCAAUCAAUUGUCGCGAAGAUCCUUUGACCGACUUCAGAUGAUGCUUUGCUGAGAACGGUUUGUUUCAAUAGUUGCAAAUAUUUUCAAAUCUACGAUAUUUAAAGUGAGUCAUUUAUUUUAUUCAAAUAGUAUUUAAAAAUGCACAGAACUUUAAAGUAAAAUAUUUUUGAAUUGAUACAUUUUUAUAAAUAAUAUUUUUUAAAAGAAUGUUUAUAUGAAUAUGGUUUAACUUUUGAAAUGGUUUUCUCGAAACAAGAAGUGUGCAUGUGUCAUAACAGGGACAUAGCUCAACACACGCGCAAAUAUUUCUCGCAUUUCAAAACAAUUUUAAUAUCUCUUCAUAAAAAUACUCUAUAAAUAUUUACAUAUUAAAAAUAUCAAUUGACACAAUAUUAUUUAUGCGUUGUCCGUACAUAUAAAAUAUACAACUAUAAUAAAUAUGUUGCAAAACCCAACAGAACAAGUACAAAUUCAAUGAAUUCAAAAUAGGAAUGUCAACAAAUGUGCAAUGGCGACCCUUAACUCAACGUUUUAAUAACCCCUCACAAUGAUACUUACGAUCAGCCGUAAAGUGUUUGCAAUGUGAAGUUUAUUUUUACACAAACGGGAUAGGAAAAUUUUACUUUUGCAAAUAGAUAAAUUUGGUUCAUGCUCGUUACUUUUACCCAAUUCUCAACCUUUUGACACCUCGUAUGUAUAUAGUACUAGUAUUUCAAAAGUUAAAGGAAUCAUUCAAUAUAACAAGAGUACCUAAGCUUACACCAUUGUUGAUUUCAAAAGUACUAACUAUAUAAUGCGAGCUAUCCUAGGUUGGGGAUUGAGUAUAGUAACGCGUCUAAAACAGGCGUUAAAUUGUCAUCUUAUUAAAGCCUAGCUUCACGUCUUCAUUUCACGAUGUCAAAUACAUCAAAACACGUUUAGUAUAAACACGUAUGGUAGAAAACGGGAUGACUACAUCAGCUCGCAUCACUCGCUAAUGCUUGCUCGGCAAUUGCUUCUAAUAGAACGUCAACUUUCUCUGAAUCAUCGUCCGGUGCUAUACUGCUCUCCUCUGGAUUCUAAAGCA